AUGAUGCGCCUAACUUACAUCAGGAUAUACAAUGCAAUUGGAUUUAUUGUUUGCACGAUAGCUCUUUUCACCAGCUUAAUGUUCUAUAAAACAAUGAAAACAAAAUAUCUAAAAAUGGCUGGGCUCUGUCAAACAUUUUUCUUGAUGGAAGUUGCAAAUAUAUGUGCAAAAAAAAGCAAUGCUAGAUAUCUUCCUACCGUGAUGCAGUUGGUCUCCCGUAUGCUCAUCAUAUGGGUUGUUUUUUGGUAUUAUGAAAUUAUAGACUGGACCUUUCCCAUUAUGACCGCAUGCUGGUACCUUUCGGACUUGGUAAGAUAUGUCUUCUACAUGUUCAGAAUUGACACAAUUAGAAUCAUCCGAUAUAACUUGUUCUUACUGACUUCUCCAAUAGGGUUUAUUCUUGAAAUGUGCUGUCUGAGAACUUUAUACAAUUUGAUAGGAAAUAUUCUUUCCUAUCUUGUAGCAUUGGCUGCACUAUUAUACAUUCCUGGGUUCAUAUUCCUGUUCUCUCACAUGCUAAGGCAACGAAAGUGGUCUAGAAAGAUUAAGGCAUCAAAGAAUAAGAAAAAGGAUCUAUAA